CCCCCGCCACCCAUAAACUACAACUCCCAGGAGGCCCCACAGUGCCCGACUGUCCGCUUUUCGCCCGCCCCCUGCCUCCUCUUCACCCCGUGCCAGCAGCUCGGUGGCCGAGUCGGUCCCGCGGCCGGCGGAUCGGGCGCGCGCGUCGGGGGUCGUGCGGCUGCCGGGCAGGGCGAGCACGCGCCGGGAGGCCUUGGAGGCGUAGGGGGCGGGGGUACGGCUCGCCUGCUCGCAAGAUGGCGGACGAGGACGGGGAAGGGAUUCACCCCUCAGCCCCUCACAGGAACGGAGGUGGCGGCGGCGGCGGGGGGUCUGGGCUCCACUGCGCCGGGAACGGCGGCGGGGGAGGCGGCGGCCCGCGGGUCGUGCGCAUCGUCAAGUCCGAGUCCGGCUACGGCUUCAACGUGCGGGGCCAAGUGAGCGAGGGCGGGCAACUGCGGAGCAUCAACGGGGAGCUGUACGCGCCGCUGCAGCAUGUGAGCGCCGUGCUGCCCGGGGGGGCGGCCGAUCGGGCCGGGGUGCGCAAGGGGGACCGCAUCCUGGAGGUGAACCACGUGAAUGUUGAGGGGGCGACACACAAGCAGGUGGUGGACCUGAUUCGAGCAGGCGAGAAGGAAUUGAUCUUGACAGUGUUAUCUGUACCUCCUCAUGAGGCAGAUAACCUAGAUCCCAGUGACGACUCGUUGGGACAAUCAUUUUAUGAUUACACAGAAAAGCAAGCAGUGCCCAUAUCGGUCCCCAGAUACAAACAUGUGGAGCAGAAUGGUGAGAAGUUUGUGGUAUAUAAUGUUUACAUGGCAGGGAGGCAGCUGUGUUCUAAGCGGUACCGGGAGUUUGCUAUCCUACACCAGAACCUGAAGAGAGAGUUUGCCAACUUUACAUUUCCUCGACUCCCAGGGAAGUGGCCAUUUUCAUUAUCAGAACAACAAUUAGAUGCCCGACGUCGGGGAUUGGAAGAAUAUCUAGAAAAAGUGUGUUCAAUACGAGUAAUUGGUGAGAGUGACAUCAUGCAGGAAUUCCUAUCAGAAUCCGAUGAGAACUACAAUGGUGUGUCCGACGUAGAGCUGAGAGUAGCAUUACCAGAUGGAACAACGGUUACAGUCAGGGUUAAAAAGAACAGUACUACAGACCAAGUAUAUCAGGCUAUUGCAGCAAAGGUUGGCAUGGACAGUACGACAGUGAAUUACUUUGCCUUAUUUGAAGUGAUCAGUCACUCCUUUGUACGUAAAUUGGCACCUAAUGAGUUUCCUCACAAACUCUACAUUCAGAAUUAUACAUCAGCUGUGCCAGGCACCUGCUUGACCAUUCGAAAGUGGCUUUUUACAACAGAAGAAGAAAUUCUCUUAAAUGACAAUGACCUUGCUGUUACCUACUUCUUUCAUCAGGCAGUCGAUGAUGUGAAGAAAGGUUACAUCAAAGCAGAAGAAAAGUCCUAUCAAUUACAGAAGCUAUACGAACAAAGAAAAAUGGUCAUGUACCUCAACAUGCUAAGGACUUGUGAGGGCUACAAUGAAAUCAUCUUUCCCCACUGUGCCUGUGACUCCAGGAGGAAGGGGCACGUUAUCACAGCCAUCAGCAUCACGCACUUUAAACUGCAUGCCUGCACUGAAGAAGGACAGCUGGAGAACCAGGUAAUUGCAUUUGAAUGGGAUGAGAUGCAGCGAUGGGACACAGAUGAAGAAGGGAUGGCCUUCUGUUUCGAAUAUGCACGAGGAGAGAAGAAGCCCCGAUGGGUUAAAAUCUUCACGCCAUAUUUCAAUUACAUGCAUGAGUGCUUCGAGAGGGUGUUCUGCGAGCUCAAGUGGAGAAAAGAGAACAUUUUCCAGAUGGCGAGGUCACAGCAGAGAGAUGUGGCCACCUAGCCUUUCCUUAUCCCCUUCCCUUCCCUUCACCCCCAUCCUCUUACUCCUUUCAUGUCCCAUUUCAGACAGAGUAACCAUUAACAAAAAAGAAGAGAAAAAGUUAAAGUCGUUAUAUUCAAAAGCCCUAAACUAAAUAUUAUUAAUAACCCCCUCUGAAUUUCAUGUCUCUGGAAUUGAGGUGGUAGUGAACAGCAGAUCGGUCAGCACCAGAAGUCAACUGAGUUAAGGCAGGAAAAGAAAUAAGCCCAACCAACUUGCCAAAGGUAUCUUUGUCCUUUCACCUGGGCCUCAUACCAACAGCCUCUCCUUGUACUAUAUUUUUAAAACUGGAACUAUGAACUUCAUCCAUUUGCACUGUUCAGACAUAUAUAUGUAUGUAUGUAAAAAUUAUAUAUACACAAAUUAGCUGCACGUAUAUACAUAUAUAUAUUUCUUUUUAAAUUUCAUAUUGAUGGCAGUACCUUUUUUAGCUUGUGUUUUUACACACCUUUCACUAGAAUCCAUGACCUCCCUCGUGCUCUCUUUCUUUUGAAACAAACUUUAAAAAGGAAAAAAAAGCAUUUUACAGGGAAAAAUACCUCUCCUCAUGAAGGACUUGAAAAGUUUACAACCUGCUUGGAUUUUUGCCCCUUUUUUUGUAUUGAGUAUAGAUUCCGGCUCAUGGGUUGCCAUAGAGUCUAGGAACAAGGAGUAUAGUUUCUUUAUCUUCCAAGAGGGUGUUGGGGAGGAGAAAGAGGUGUGUUUCUCAAGGUUAACAGGCUGUAGUUCUGCAGGGAGAGCCUGAAGUCCUGGUAUGGUCUCUUGAUUCCGUGACAAUUUUUUUGAUCCAUCUAUUUCUCUCACUCCUGGCUUUCUAGCCACAUUCUGCACCUCCUUCCUGCUUUCCUAGAGCCUCGGUAUGCUUUCCCUCAACCGACCCUGGCUCAGGAGGUUGAUGCCAUGGGAACCUGAACCUGAACCACUUCAUGGUAGUAAUUUCCUGUUUUCCUUGCCUUUUUUUUUUUUUUUUUUUCUGAGACAGGGUCUUACUCUGUCGCCCAGACUGGAAUGUGGUGGCAUGAACAUAGCUCACUGUUACCUUGAAUUCUGGGCUCAGGUGAUCCUUCCGCCUCACCCUCCUGAGUAGCUGGGACUACAGGUGUGCACCACCACACCUGGCUAAUUCUUCUUAAAAUUUUUUUGUAGAGACAGGGUCUCACUAUGUUGCCCAGGCUGGUCUCAAACUCCUGGCCUCAGGUGAUCCUCUUGUUUCAGCCUCCCAAAGUGCUGGGAUUACAGGCAUGAGCCACUGUGUCCUUCCCUGCCUUUUUUGCAGCAGGGAUAGUACUCAGGACCAGAGUUAAGCUGAUACCUUAGGCACACAGGUUGGACUUACAUAGAGGAAAGAAAGCAAGCAAUGCCCUAUGUACAUGAGGUUUUACCUCCUCCAUUCCUGACCAAUAACCACCCAUAACUACGGCAUUCUCUGUGACUUCCUUAAACAGCAGUGAUGGGAAGGGAUCCAAUAGUAUCUUCAAGGCCUUGGGGAAACUUGCAGUGGGUCAGUGGUCUGUGCCAACCAAACCAUAGCCCCAUCCAAGCCAGCUGAGAACCUAGAAGGAGUAGUAGGAAUAUGGUUGAUUAGAUUGGAUCUCCCAAGUUUUAAUUGAAAGGAGACUGAAGGAAAACCUUUCUGCUUUCUGUCCGUUAAAGAGCUCCUCAUCUGAUCUUGCAGCUAGACCCUUUGAGACUUAAGAGCUGCAUCGCAGGAUCAGAAGCCAGGGCUAAUUGGGGUAGGACAAUAUUCCCAGCCCCUAAGCUCUGUAGAUAAUGCAUAAGAAGCACCAAGUCAGGCUCAGAUGCAACUAAAACACAUCUUUGAGCCUUUUCUUUUUCCCUUCUCCCCUUUCUAAACAAAAACCUUCCUAGGAUGGCAUCUUUUGCUCUAACUGGGAGACAGUCAUAAUUGGUUGUAGUCAAUUCUACUAAGCAGUGUUGGGGUGGUUGGAAAGUCUCUUUUUUGUAAUUUGUUUUUGCAAAUCAUUGUGAGGCCACUUUUUCUUUCUUUCUCUUUCUUUCUUUCGUUCUUUCUCUUUCUUUCUUUUGCUUUCCUUCUUUCAUCUCUUUUUUGUAAUUUGUUGUUGCAAAUCAUUGUGAGGCCACUUUUCUUUCCCCUUCCUUCCUUCCUUUUUUUCUGUUUUUUUUUUUUUUUUUUUUUCCAGAGUCUUGCUCUGUCGCCCAGGUUGGAGUGCAGUGGCACGAUCUCGGCUCACUGCACCCUCUGCCUCUUGGGUUCAAGCGAUUCUCCUGCCUCAGCCUCCCAAGUAGCUGGGAUUACAGGCGUACACCACCACGCCCCACUAAUUUUUUGUAUUUUUGGUAGGGCGGGGUUUCACCAUGAUGGCCAGGUUGGUUUUGAACUCCUGACCUCAAGUAAUCUGCCCACCUCGGCCUCCCAAAGUGCUAGGAUUACAGGAGUGAGCCACUGCGCCUGGCCCACUUUUCUUUCUUUCUUUCUUAUUUUGUUAUGCUGGCAGCCAUUUGCCCCUGCAUGGUAUGGGAUCAAAGAGGACAGCCUUUCCUCCCUCACCUUCUCCAAAUCUAGGUGAAAUCACAGAGUACAAAACGUAAGAAUGCUGAAUGUGUAAAGUUGCAGAGGGAUCCCUAAUUUGAAGACUUUGACACAGAACUAACUUCUUUUGACUUAAAUGAAUUUAAAAUGAGCCAAAGGACCCUGAAAAGAAGACAUGUUGAUUUCCCACUCCUAGAUGCUAAAGAGACUUGGCACCAGCAUUGUUCAAACUGUAAAAAUAGCAAUUUGCCCCUACUCGCUCAGAGUGGGACAGUAAUGAGCAGAGCUGGGAUUCCAUGCGACAGCUUGAAUGCUGACCUUCAGACAUGAGACAUAGGGAUUUGGAGGCCCCUUAGAAUGGGUAGAUGGUGUUAUGUUCCCUUUCUGGCAUAGCAUUCACUUGGUGCUUUGGAGAUUAGGUGAGGGCCCUAUAGGUAGUUGGCCUGUUGGCAGAAUUUAUUUAGGAACAGCCCUUCUUGAAAGUGUCCCAGUAACAAAGCACCCAGCUGCAGCAAGGAGGUGGGGAAGGAGGGCACCCCAAAGGACAGCGCCUUCUUCUCUUCCACCCAUGCACGGCCUUGGGUGAUGGAGGCGGGUUCCCUGUGGCUGCGUGGAUCCCAUAGGAUCAAGCCCUUCUUUGCAUGAAGCAGUGUUAGUUGUGACUCUUCUCUCUCCCCUUCCUCUGCACUUCCUUUCUGUAAUCCCUACUGUUCUUCUUAGUCCCAGCUUCUGCCCAGGGAGGCUUCUACCCAGACUUCUUUUGCAAUUUGUCCCUGGGAAGAGGGGGUCUCCCAGUGCCCCCAGCUUCAUCCCAGCAGAACCAGCAGGAUCCUCCUGGUCUCUCACUGGCCUUCCUCCACACUUGGUUUCUAUCCUCAGGGGUAGAAGCUCAGAGCUUUUUAUGGCCCAGGAGAAAAUGUAGACCCUGAGAAACCUGUCCUUGCAGAAAGGUUCCCUUGGGCCAUGCUUUGGGCCCUCUGCUCUUUAUAUGUUUAUUCUAUUCUCCAUUUUUCCACCCCGUCCUUACCCUAGGCCUAAACACAGGUACAGAUAUGUGCGUGCUCAGGGCAGCUCCUAGGCCUGGACCGAGCUCUCAGGGAGGAAUUAGAUAAAUAUUCCAACAUCCUCAUGCCUGGCCCAUUUAGUUUCAUCCUUUAGUUACCCAGGCCAGUAGCUUUGGGUUAUCCCUUCCUGUAGCUCCAAACCCAGCACUUGGAGCAGCAAAAUAGGGCACUGACAGGAGAUGAAACUCUCUCCUAUCUCAGAAUUUGCCAACUUCUGGGCUGGGCUCCUAGGAGGUAGUUUUCUUGAAGGGGACUGCAUCCUAGUUGACCUGAAUUUUCCAGACCAGGAGGGACUGCUGUGCUCUCCCUUCUCGCCAUCAUACUGUUUUGCUAGAUUCAUUCAGCAGUAGAAGCUCUUUGAUCUGUUGACCCCAGCAUACUGCUGUUUCUUCACCAGCUUCAUUGUGUCACAGUAGCUUCCUUUGGGAGGAUGAUGUGAUAGAACACUCAGAGAGAGGGAGGGAGAAGAGAGAUAGUGGGUAUGCUUCUCUAGCUCCCCAUCUUCCAGGUCCACCUCUUGACUUCCUGUUCCCCUAAACCUGAGCACAUCACGCCAGGCCUCUUUGCUGCCAGGACAGCAUCAGCUCACUCCUCAGCAAUAAUCUAGGGUAUGUGGGAAGGUCAGGGCUGUGGUAAGGAAUAGAAUCAAAGAGGGGAGUGAUACGGGGUGGGGGCACUUGGCCGCCUGCUAAACUUGGACAUUAAUUUUAUAUCAUGACCCCCUUUUAAGCCAGUGAGCUGGGCUUCAGUUUUUCCCAGGCCAUGCACAUUUAAUUUAUUUCAGAGAAACUCUAAUUGUAUUUUCACUGCAGUAUCUUGUAUUUUUUAUUUGUGAUUUAAGAAAUGUGAAGAGAAAAUACACAGACACAAUAAUGGUUAACAGUGUUUCUUUCAUUCCUUGUUCUAGAGCUAACCACUCUAAAAUUGUUUGGUAAUGUCACUUAGUGUAAUUAAUUGUAACAUAUUCUUUUAAAUAAAUUGAUUUAUUGAUCAAACA